AAAAAAACAUCGGAGCAACAAUGGUUUCAAUGAUGGACGUCGAACCAAGUAAAGGACAAAUCUGUGAUAGUCGUCCGACAUUGGUGCAAAGUGCCGUAAGUCAGCGCUCAAUAGAGCUACAAAUCCCACCCCGGACACCGGAAGCGGAAGUCACGAAGAAGACACUGAAGCUUAAUUUGAAAAGUGCGUAUCCGGUGGCCCCGGCACCGCCACCACACGCAGAAACCAAGGGAAAGACCACGAUUAAAUCACCAAAGUCACCACUUGGGAAUUCAGGUGUGACAAUGGGGAAUCGCGUGCUACCCCAUCAGACUUCAUUAACGGCACAAAUAGACUUGGUGGAGGAUCGAAAGGCACUUCGUGACGCUCUUUAUCAGGGGAUUUUCCAUCGACAUAGACGAACCAUUUUUGCACUUGGCAGUUUUAUUAGGAUGCUUAAGACACGAAAUUCCUCCUACAACACCAUCAGAAGCUCAUCAGAAGGUGAUGAGGAAGGUAGAUAAAAUAUUUUCGAUGGAUUAAUUUAAUCACACACAAAAGGAGGCAUCCCUCUUGCAAAAAAAAAGAAGAAAACCCUCCCAUCGACUUUUCUCAGAGUGUGCUUCAGCCGCAACAUUUCUUACGCAACUUUAUCAAUCCAUCGUGCCCGAAAUUUUCUUCUUUUCCCCCCCCGCUCUUUUCUGCCUUUAAUUUGAACGCUACUAUAUAAUAGCAGCAACAAAAUGAGCAUAAAUUAAUGUCUCACAACACUCUGGGUCAUGUUUUGAGAUAACAAGAAGAUGAAAUAAGAACAAAAAAACUUCCAAGUACGUAAGAGUAAGAAAGUUUUUGUAUUAAGGAAAGAUUUUUUGAGGAAACAAAAAACUUUGUGAACAUUGUUGAAAUAAAAAAAAAUGUUAUAAUAUUUUUUUGCAUUGAAUUUAGGCUUAUGUACCUACCUACUAAAGAAAACCAAGAUAGUUAUAUUUGUAUAAAGAGAGAGAAAAAAUAUGCGAAAAAGAUUGUUAAGAGAAAAAAAACAAGAUAUUAGAAUUAAGAGAUUAGGAUAAAAUGCAUUAUUAUAUAGAUUUUAUUAUAUUCCUACAUUGAUGAAAAAUUCUAUAUAUAGCAAAAUUAAGAAAGAAAAUAAAGAAAAACCCACACGAUUUAUAUAACGUAUAAUAUAGAACUAUUUCACAGACCAAGGUAAAUGAAUAGCACUCACCUAAAUGAUAUUAAACAGUUAUUGUUUGGCGAAAAUUUUAAUACAGAAAUUACCUACCGCGAAUAUUUGUAUUAACAAAAGAGCUUAUUGUACACGGAAAAAUUGAUAUGAACUUCAUUAUUUUAAUUAUAAAUAGAGGAAGAACAAAAAAACUGAAAUUCGUGUGAAAUGAUAUUAUUCUUGAGAAAAUAAAUUGAAAAAUAAUUAUAUAUUCCAUCAGAAUUUUGCUAUAUUAUAUAGAAAUAUAAUAGGAAAAUUAAGGUAAAAUAUAAAUAAAUUAAUUAGUAAGAAGGAAAAGAUGAGGAAUGAGCAGUAUAUAAGGUGCCGCAUUAAAAUAUUUUACACACACCCACGUCAUAUCAAUUUUUAUUCACAUUUUAUACAAAAAAAAAAAAGUUAUGUAAAAAAAAGAUAUUUAGAGAGCCUCUUAUGUAAUGUUUCCCUGUUACUGCAUAUUUUUCCAAAAAAAAAAACAACAAAAAAGCAUUUUUUUUAAUUAGAGCAACUCGCUAAAUUAAAUCCAAUAAAUUGGAAAAGGUUUUUUUUAAAGUGCAUGAUUUAGCAAAAAGAAUUAAAUUGUUUUGUAAAUAUGAGAGGAAAAAUACACAGGGAUCUAAAAUAUGGGUACGAUAGCAUAAUUAACAACAUUAAAGCAUAAUAAGUUGCAGAAUAAAAUAUUGGAAGAAAAAAUCCUCCAUCCUUCCAUCAGAUGAGGGAAACAUUCGCGUAAAUUAGAUUUAAUUAAUUAAUUAAUUAUUCCCUGUGCACUGAUUGACAAAAAAAUUAGCGAAAAGAAAAGAGUUCCGUUGAAUGGCGAAAAAAGUUAGUUUUAAUGGUGCCACAUGAUGCGGAAUAUAAAGAAAACACUUUUAUAAUUGUUAUAUUCCAAUUUGUAUGAUGAAUAGUGAUUUUGGAGAAAAAUAAAUAACUGUUAUUGAAGACGAAAA